CGUGGUUCGCGAGGAGCCUGGAGGGGUUAGGGGCGAGCUGGUUAUCCCUUCCGUCAAGAUGGAGGACGCCGGGGACUUCGCCUGCACAGCCUCAAACACCUACGGCACCGACUCCUUCCUAGUCAAGCUCGUUGUCCAAGACGUGCCGGGGUCGCCUCACGGACUUCGAGUGUCGGAGCGCGGGUCGAAGUAUCUCAUCGUGUCGUGGUUGCAGCCCGCCUCCACCCACACACCCGUCGACAAGUACAUCGUCCAGUUCAAACCUGCCAGAGCGUCGUGGGCGGAGGGCGAGGAGGUGGGCGUGGGCGGCGACAUCACGAUGGCGAGGCUGGCGCCCUUGUUGCCAGACACGCAGUACCUGGUGAGGAUCCUCGCAGCGAACCACCUCGGGUCGUCUCCACAUUCAGAACCCCUUCAGGUCCGGACUGAGGGAGAGGCCCCGUCGGCCCCUCCCACCAGCGUGAGAGCAGACGCCCUGUCUCCCACCAGCCUGAGAGUGAUGUGGGACCCGCCUCCCUCCCACACACACCACGGAGACCUCCUCGGCUUCAACGUUGGCGUCAGAAGGCAUGACUUGGCCGGCGACGAGACGUACAACUUCAGCGUGGUGGGCGUGGGCGGCGGCGGAGGCGGGCGUGAGGUCGUGGGCGGCCUACGAGCGUGGGUUCAGUAUGCCGUGGUGGUGAGGGCGUACAACUCCCACGGCGCCGGCCCCCUGUCCCCGCCAGUGGUGGUCAGAACAAUGGAGGAUGUGCCGGCGGCGCCCCCUGUGGGUGUGGAGUGCAGUGGGGGCGCGGGCGGGUCUACUCUGUUGGUGCGGUGGGCGCCGCCAUCUCCUGUCGAUCACAAUGGCCUCCUGCAAGGGUAUCGACUCACCCUCACACGACUCGACGACUCGACAGAGGAGGUUGAAGAGCUAACGAGGAUAACCAGUGGGCGUGAGGAGAGUGUGGGCGGACUUAGGCCCUGGACCAACUACACAGUGACGGUAGCAGCUGUGACCCGAGCAGGGCCAGGCGUGACCUCCCCGGACCUCACCUGCACCACCAGGGAAGAUGUGGCUGGUGCCCCCGGGGGCCUCCGGGCACUGCAGCUGGGUGUGGGCACGGCCAUCCUCACCUGGUUGCCUCCACAUCCACCCACGGGUCUUCUCCUGGGCUAUACCCUCCACCACCGCCCACCCCACUCUCGGGCACCGUCUCAACACCCACUCCACGCCCACGCCAACUCCCACACUCUCACCCACCUCACCCACGGCACCCAUCAGUUCUGGAUGACGGCUCGUACUAGGGUGGGAGAAGGACCUGCUACUCCCACAGUGAAACUCACGGUUCUUGACCAAGUUCCGUCGGGGGUGGCGUCGCUGGGUGGGAAGGUGGUGGUCACUCAGGGGGAAGACGUGAGACUGGUGUGUGUGACAGUGGGCAGCCCGCCACCUGCACCCACCUGGACCACUGACGGCAGACAUAUUGAGAAAGACGGCAGGUUCAGUCAGGAGACUGAUGGGUCACUGAUGAUUCGUGGAGUGGAAAGGGGUGACCGAGGCAACUACACCUGCUCAAUACACAGCGUGCGUAAACACCCCUAUGUGCACACCUCCACCACCUACACCCUCCAUGUACAAGUGUGUGGCCGAGUACCAGGUGGGUCUUCCUGCAGUGUGGGGCCGAGUACCAGGUGGGUCUUCCUGCAGUGUGGGGCCGAGUACCAGGUAUAUGUAACAUCGAGGACGCAUGUGGGCGUGUCGCCUCCCUCCCGUCCACUGACCGCCCGCACGUCAGGUUCGCCGCCCGUGGCCCCGCCCACCCGCCAGGUGGCCUCCGGGAACAGCACCAGCAUCUGGGUGUGGCUGGGCAGGUGGGGGGACGGAGGCUGCCCCAUCACACACUUCACCCUCGAGCUCAGACAACCCAGAGAAUCCUCUUUCACAACGUUGGCGAGCAGCCUGGCCCCAAGGAACGUGUACGAGGUGGGCAGCCUCCGCGCCGGAGCCACCUUCGGGAUCCGUCUGACAGCGCACAACGCUGCCGGGGCCACGACCACCACCGUCAACACCAGCACGGGUCCCGGGGGCAGCUUGGGGGCGCAGCCGGUGGGGGAGCUGGAGGAGGCACCACCCAACCCCCUGCACACUGACCCCCGCCUCCUGGCCUCUGCAGCGGCCUCCGCCCUCGCUCUCGCCCUCACCGUCGCCGCCGCUGUUCUCUGCCUCAGGAGACGAGCUGCGGCAGGACGCGGCAGUCGGGCGUCACAAGAAGACCAGGAGGUGGAGGAGAACAAGACCAACCUCCUGCAGCAACGUGACGCUUACUACGCCACCGUCAGGAAGCCUCAGCCGGUACCUGCCACGCUGGAGAGGAUACCAGAGUACUCAGAGGACAUCUACCCAUACGCGACCUUCCAGCUCGGAGAGGGACGAGGCGGAGGCGGAGGAGGACAGGAUGACACCGCCACGGCCAAGUUUCAGACCUUCGUAUUCCAGGACACACGCUAUGGCGUGACGGAGGGACGACCCCCUACCUCGCCCAGUCGCCCCACGCCCAUAAAGGCCCACGGGCGUAGUCGCAGUCAUGGGCGCGGUGUGGGCGGUCCUCGGAGUGAAAGUGAAGAGUAUGACUCCCUGCAGUCCGACACCGACACGGAGCACGCCACCUCCUCCCGCACCGAGUCCUCCAUCCACCUGGACUCCGCCACCUUGGAGAGCCAGGCGACGCUCCACCUGCCCUUGGACCCUCACCUGGCCACGCUCGAGGGACGCCCGGACGCCCACGCUGCCGCCCACGGCUCCCGCAAGGCCGCCGCCGCCAGGAACGUCCACCACAAUCUGAUAUAUCACGCGCCGGAGUCGAGCACGUCCACAGAGCCCUCGCCUAUCCUGGAGCGCAAGUCUUUCCCGCGCAAGACGGAGGGCAGCAAGGCGUCGCGGGUUGGUGCCUUCAGUCACCGCGGCCUCAACAAGAUGGCUGCCAGCAUCAGAGGAGCGACGCAGGAGACCAGCCUUUCCUUCCAGAAAAAGAUGGUUCCCGGGGCUGAGCCGAAGAGCUCGGACGAUGGCAAAUACGGGUUCACCCGCAAGAUCACGCCUCCCGUUGGUUUCUCCAGUAGCCACAACGAGCUGUCGGAAGCGGAAUGUGACCUAGAGAUCAGAAAGAGGAACAAUGAGGGCGAGGCGGCCUCCGGCGCGCCUGGAGCCUCCGGGGCCUACAUUGGUCAUUCUCGGUCUCAGUUUAGGUCUUACGUUUCUGGGCGAAAUAACAAAGACUACAGUAUUAAGGUGUAAUUAUCGUUGAUCUGUACAGCUACCGAUAAUGUAUAUAAUUUAUAUGUAAGUUUUUAGGAAACGUUGAUUGUUGCAACAUAUACUAUAUAUUAUAAAGCUCAUUUGACCAUCUGUUUAGAGUAUAAUUCUUGAAAUAUGUAUAACUUUGGUGAGUAUAUAAGUGCAACCAUUUGGUCUCCCACGGACCCAAAAUCUUAAGAAGAAAUUGUCCAGUUCAAAAGCCUGAAAAGUCUAAUUUGCCAGAAUAUUAAUUUAUUUAAAAAUUCAUUGUUAUAUCACAUAUUAACCUCAGUCUCUGAAAAGGGAAGAAAGAGUAUUUUAAUAAUUUGUAUA